AUGGCGGCGCAGGAUGGGAGUGAAGGACUGGGAAUGGAAACUGAAGUCGGGCUGAAAGAGUCAGAAGUAUUAUGUGACGGUGCUAGUAAAGGAGAUGCAGCAGGGACUGAAGAAGCAUCUCUUACAGAUGGUGAGAACUCCUCACCUCAGGUCCCAGCUGUCAGCAACGGAGAUGACAGUGAUGAGGGGAAAGAGAUGGUGGAACUGAAAAUUAUUUGGAACAAGAACAAAUAUGAUCUUAAAAUCCCUUUAGAUGGAACUGGAGCUAAACUGAAAGAGAAAAUCCACACACUCACUGGUCUUCCACCCGCUAUGCAGAAAGUAAUGUACAAAGGACUGCUACCGGAGGAUAAGACACUUCGUGAAAUUAAAGUUACAAAUGGUGCAAAAAUAAUGGUGGUUGGGUCUACGAUAAAUGACGUAUUGGCAGUAAACACACCUAAAGAAGUUAUUCAACAAGAAGUUAAAGCUGAGGAAAACAAAAAGGAGCCUUUGUGCAGACAAAAGCAACACAGAAAAGUGUUGGACAAAGGAAAACCUGAGGAUGUAAUGCCAUCAAUAAAAGGAGCUAAGGAGCGCUUACCGACAGUGCCUUUAUCCGGAAUGUACAACAAAUCCGGUGGAAAAGUGCGGCUCACUUUCAAACUGGAACAGGAUCAGCUAUGGAUUGGAACAAAGGAGAGAACAGAAAAAAUCCCAAUGGGUUCCAUCAAAAAUGUUGUGACUGAGCCAAUAGAAGGUCAUGAGGACUAUCACAUGAUGGCAUUUCAGCUGGGUCCGACAGAAGCCUCACAAUAUUGGGUUUACUGGGUGCCUGCACAGUAUGUUGAUGCAAUCAAAGACACAGUCCUUGGAAAGUGGCAGUAUUUUUAAUGUGCCUCCUCUAUUGACACUGAAGAAUUGGGAUUCGGAGCAAAACAACAAAAGCAUAAACUGGAGCCUGCGUAAUGAUCUGAAGAACUUUGAUAUUUGUUUUUUUUUCAAGCAUAUAAAAACAAACUGAAGGAAUUCUGGUGGACAGAACUUUUUUGGGGGGGUUUUAAGUGCACUAAAUGGCAGAAUCCCAUUUUUUUCAACCUGUUUCACCUCUCAUUUUUUUAAGCAACCCCAAGGAUAAACAAAGAAUUGUACAGAACUUGCAAAUACAUUUCUCCUAGUUAUUCUGAAAGAAAUAAAAAAUUAUUUAAGGAAAACAGUUGAUGCACCAGGGAGAUUUUUAUCUUGUAAAGUUCUAUGGUGUACCAUGGAAUUCAGUCAAGCCAAAGUUUCUAACAGCUUACAAUAUCAAGUGUUUACAUUCUUGCUGUCAGUGUUUACUUACAAGAAACAAAUGCUUCAUCAUGCACAUAGUAAACAUAAUCCAGAUAUAAUCUGAA